UGACAACAACACAAAUAGUAACACGUAUUACAUUGAUUUUAUGUUGAAUCGAGGACAUCAUGGGUGAUGAUGUUGAACACCCCCCGAAUUUGCAAAACGAAAAUCCUCAAAUCGUAUCUGAUGUAUUUACUACCGUAACACAGAUAUUGCAGCAGUAUGGCUGGUUCAUAGUGUUUGGAUGUCUUGUCCUGCUCUACAUUCGCUCGAAAGUUAAACCAGCAUACAGUCAGAUGAAAAAGAGAGCAGAAGAAAGCAGGGACAAAAAAAUUGAUCCAGAUGUUGCCCAGAGUCGUAUGGAAGCCAUGGAAAGGGCGAGGCAGAGACUGCAAGAGGAGCAUGAUGCAAAAGCAUCACAUUAUGCUGAAAAACAACUUCUUAAAGAAGAAGAAAAAAGACAAACAAGGAUUGAAGAAUGGGACAAUCUCCAGCAAGGCAAAGCAUAUCGGUCUAAGAUUAAACCUAGAGAAGAAAAUUCCGAAACUACCAAAGGUUUGAAACCAAAGCCAAGACUCAGAGAUACUGGUUACAAUCCUUUAAUGGGUGGUGGUGGAGGAGGGGGAAGCUUUAGGCCCUCACGACGUGCAGGUGGUGGCGGAGGCGGAUGAGGUUAAUUUUUGUGUCACAUCGACGGUCAGUAGCCCCUUAAAGAGGAGUUUAUGACCAGAUAUGGCACACAGAUAUAUUUAUUUAUUUCCUGGUAGUGGUAGGUGCCAGCAAGUUUCAGGAUGGUAGUUUACCCAGUAUACAAGAAAGUAGUGAUAGGAAAUCAGUUAAAAUCAAUAAUCGAUAACCAGUUAAAAUCAGUUAUCAGUUGAAAUCCAUAAUCUAUUAUCAGUUAAAAUCAGUUAUCAGUUGAAAUCCAUAAUCGAUAACCAGUUAAAAUCAAUAAUCAAUUAUCAGUUAAAAUCAUACAGGCUAAGCGAUUACAUACACGGCUUAGAAUGUUCAAUAUUCUUAGAAACUGAAGGCAUUCAUUCUAUGUGGCAAUGAUAUUUUCUUUUUUUUUUCUUUUUUCUGUAACUUUUACGUGAAAUAUUUCACUUACCUCGAAUUUACAUAAGAAAGAAUAUUGUUGGCAAUUGAAAUCAUUACUUCGCAUAAUAUGAUUUUUUUUUUUUUUUGUUAAAACAGAAAAUGUAAAGGUACAGAUAAUUGAUUAUGGAAAAGUACAAUCGACCUUUGCAUCAGGUGAGAUUAAAUGAUUAGAUAAUCGAUUAUCUCAUGGUUUAAUCACUUCCAGCCAGGUUCUACAUAGUUGUAUAAUAGUGAUAUUGUAACUAACUGAUAAGAUAACCAUUUGUGAUGACCAUGGUAACUAUUAUACUGUAGUCUAUCAUAUAAACGAUGCUUAAGGACGUACAAAAACUCUCCUUUGUUAUACUAGUAAGUAUAUGUCGAAACAGAUACAAUCCAGUCCUUUAUUGCGAGAACAGUAAGCCAAACUAAUAUCGAUAUACUGUAUAAUGAUAUAUUUUCGUGGGACUCAAAUUACGUGGUUUUACUGAAAUAUGCACUUAAUUCCGUAGAUAUAUCUGACCCACGAAAUUCACUUGUACUAUAAUUCAUGUCAUUUAUAUCUGCUUAUCAUUACGUGGACAUGUAAAUUCUUGGUUUAAGACUUCCCAUGAAAAAGAAAAUAAAUCGCCCUCGAAUAAAACGAAAGUAAGUUGUCCAUGAAAAUUACUGAUUUUACAUUAUUUAAAAGCUAUUAAAGGAAUUUGUUCUACCAUACAGAAGGGAGUUUUUUUUCGCGGUAUGAGUUUGGCUAAACAUGUUGACACUACCACUACCAGUGAAUGUUUAUGUUAUCUCAGGAUUUUGAUUGAAUCAUUGGACAAGCAAGCGAAACUUUUUACAAGUUUUUCUUCAGUAUACUGAAAUGAAUUCUGUAUGUAAAUACUAACAUCAGGGCAGUAUUCAUAAAACCAUUCUGACGCUCAUGUAGUAAUAUUGCAAUAGAAAAACCUAAACAUUGAAAGUAAUAUUUUAUUUACAGUCCUUAACUUAGAUUAUUGAAAAUAUACUAAUUUAUAUAUAAGAUUUAUCAUCAAAAUAGUAUAGCCUGAGCAAAAAUGUGUAUUUGAAAAAGAAGAUGGAUUCGUGAAUACUGGCCCAGUUUAGUGAUGAUUGAAGAUCUCAUUGACUUGUCCAGCGAUUCUUAAUGACGUUGUCUCGGGCAAGGGUAAUACUCUCCGAAAUAACUGAUCACAUCGAAACCGGGCGAUAACGAUUUCUGUUUACAUUUCAAAAUCUCUUUUGACAUGCAAUAUACAUUGCAUUUCUGAUGUCAAGAGACUUAUGAUGUUGGUUAUUUGGCUGAAUGUGAAGAACGAUUUUAUUUAUUUUUUUAAGUCAAUGAAAAGUAUGUUAGCGUGAUCCUGUAUCUUGGCUCCACAGUACAAUCUGUCUGUACCAGAUAUUUUAACAACAUCGAUGAAUAUAUAGGAAUAUUCUGAAGACCAUGCAUGAAAUCUGGUUUCCCCAGAGAACAAAAAAGUGAUAUACAUUUAUUAAGACGACUAUAAGCUUAUACAGUGUCUUAUCUCUGAGAUUUGCUUUAGAAUUCCAUUCGUGGCAGUAAAAUAUUUCCGGGGGUUUCAAAAAUAAAGGAAGUGGAAGUGAGUGCGAGAAAUUUGAGAAGAGGAAAAAAAUUACGAAUAAAAUACCAAUAAUGUUCUUGUUAGAUAUUUGUAAAGUAAUGAAGGAUCAAAGAAUGGUCA